ACAUGGCAGAGCCGGUGAAUUAUUCACCGCCGUCUCCGCGCUGUGCCCCGCUCUCUCUCCCAGCUCGCCCUGACUGGACCGUGUCUGCUGGGGAUGGAGCUCUGCUGACCACCGGCUCCUCCGCGGGAUCUCUGGGCAGCCCUGCUUUGUGUGCAGCAACAUGCUGACCCAGGUGCUAGUGGAUCCUCUCUGAGAGAGUGACGUGAGAACUUUGCUACAAGCGAGGUGGAAGCAUUUGGAACAGGAGGCUGUGAGGCAGUACAUGAAGUGGUGACACUGGGGAAAAACAACAAACAGUAGGACAUUUAAUUGCACACUGAGUUUAAAAGGUCUGAACGAUGACGAGCUCUGUUUUCGCCAAGCUGGACCCCAGGCGGAUAGAGUGGGAGGCGUCCUGGUAUGGCCUCCACUCCCGUGUGCUGCGGACCAAACCGGUGGACUCCAUGCAGGAAGGUGCAGCGGACCUGCAUGGCACCAGGCUGGCUCAGGUGCUGACCACAGUGGACCUGGUCUCUCUCGGUGUGGGCAGCUGCGUGGGCACCGGAAUGUAUGUGGUGGCUGGUCUCGUUGCCAAGGAAAUGGCUGGACCUGGAGUGAUCAUGUCCUUCAUCAUCGCUGCUGUGGCAUCCAUUCUGUCAGGAGUCUGCUACGCUGAGUUUGGGGUGCGAGUGCCAAAGACCACCGGCUCGGCCUACACCUACAGCUACGUGACAGUGGGGGAGUUUGUGGCGUUCUUCAUCGGGUGGAAUCUCAUUCUGGAGUACCUGAUCGGUACAGCAGCCGGGGCCAGUGCUCUCAGCAGCAUGUUCGACUCCCUGGCCAACCACACCAUCAGCCGAUACAUGAUCAACCAUCUGGGCACUCUUAAUGGCCUGGGUAAAGGAGAGGAGUCGUAUCCAGACCUGCUGGCUCUGCUCAUUGCUGUGGCGGUGACGGUGAUUGUAGCUUUGGGAGUGAAGAACUCCGUGAGCUUCAACAAUGCGCUAAACAUUGUCAACUUGGUGGUUUGGGUGUUCAUGGUGAUCGCGGGCCUCUUUUUCCUCUCUGGAGCGAACUGGCAGGACGGCAGGUUUCUGCCCUACGGGUGGUCAGGGGUGAUGCAGGGAGCUGCCACUUGUUUCUAUGCCUUCAUCGGCUUCGACAUAAUUGCCACUACAGGAGAGGAGGCCAAAAGUCCGAACACUUCCAUCCCCUACGCCAUCACUGCCUCGCUCGUCACCUGCCUCACUGCUUACGUCUCUGUCAGUGUGAUCCUUACACUGAUGGUGCCCUAUAACCUGAUUGACGGAGAUGCGCCGCUGAUGGAGAUGUUUGCAGUUCAUGGCUUCAUGGCAGGAAAGUACAUAGUGGCCAUAGGAGCCAUUGCUGGACUAACAGUCAGUUUGUUGGGCUCCCUGUUCCCCAUGCCCAGAGUCAUCUACGCCAUGGCAGGUGAUGGCCUGCUUUUCAGGUUCCUGUCCCACGUGAGUCCACACACUGAGACUCCGGUGGUUGCGUGUGUGGUCUCAGGUUUCCUGGCCGCUCUUCUGGCCCUGCUGGUCAGCCUGAGGGACCUGAUUGAGAUGAUGUCAAUCGGCACAUUGCUGGCCUACACACUGGUGUCUGUGUGUGUUCUGCUCCUCCGCUACCAGCCCGAGGGGGACGGAUUCACCAGCAUUGCUCCGGACAAGGCAGAGGCCUGGAGGAGCAAAGAAGGGGUUCUGGCGGAGUGUGAGAGGGACGCUUACUCACCCACGAGUGAAGGAGAUGAGCUUGGCAACACCUGGGGGUCCAAGAACCACCCAUCACAGAAAGACGAUGAGAUGCUGAUUAGCAAGUCUGACUCUGGAGGCUACCAGUCAGACAGCUCGGGAUACGGGGUCAGCGAGAAAGACCUGGACUCUGACGACUCGGACAACGCGCUGACCUCCCUGCUGAAAAGGAUUCUGGGUGGCAACUACUACACCCUGCGGACGCGUCUGGGACUGCCUGAAUCAGGCGCCCAGCCCACGCCUGCUACGGGACGUACCGUCACCUCCUGUGUCCUCUUUCUGUUCGUCCUGACAUUCCUGCUCUGGACACUCGUCAUAUAUGGCCUUGACCGAGUCUCCGGAGGUGCCCGCUGGGCACUGGUCCCGCUUGUCAUGACCAUCGUCAUCCUAAUGGUGGUCUUGCUCAUCAUCAUUCUACGGCAGCCUGAAAGCCCCAAAAAGUUGCCGUACAUGGCACCUUGUGUACCCUUUGUGCCUACAGCAGCCAUUCUGGUGAACAUCUACCUGAUGCUCAAGCUGUCCAGCAUCACCUGGAUUCGCUUUGCUGUGUGGUGCUCCGUAGGUCUCAUGAUCUACUUUGGCUAUGGCAUGUGGAACAGCUCUCUGGAGCUGAGUGCCCGCGAAGAGGAGGCCCACGCCAGCUCCUAUCAGAGAUACGACGCCGGGGUGGAUGACAGCUUCACGGUGGACGAUGACCUCCAGCAUCAGGAGGACGGAGAAGAGGACCGCUACCAGGGCUGGGCUGCGGAGGCCAAGGGCUAUCAGUACCAGAACCAGUACCAGCAGCAAGCCGACGAACACACAUCCUCCAACAGUCAGAAAUCCAGAGGCAGAGGCAGGAGGAAGAAGGGGUUUGAGGAGCUGGUCAAUGAUGACACAGAAUACUCGCCUGAGUAAGGAUUUGUCUACGAGGCAACUAGUUUUGGGUCUCACAGCUGUUUCUUCUGCCUGACCAAGUUUUUGUUUGGAUUUCAAUGCUGUCUUUUUAUUUGCUUAAAAGAAAUGUGCACUCGUAAAAUCGCUGGAUAUUUAUAGCACUAUUCAAGCUGGAAUAGUUUAACCAGAGGAGGUUCUGUAAUGUAUUCUUUAAGGGAUUUGACCAGCUCAUUUGUAAGGAUAAAUGACUAAAUUGAAAUGUCACUUCCUGGAUGGUGAACUCAGCAUUCCAUAACAGGCGUCACCCUCAAUAACAAUAACAACACAGCUCAUGGCCAUGUAUUCUACCAAGUUCUAUUACGUUACUGUGAGCUCAAUUUAAUGAGGACUGCUAUUAUUGAGGAAGCUCCAGGUUUAGGUUUAGUCAGUUUACGGAAGGUGCAGUCCCAUAUUACUGUUAUUAAUACCCGAGUCAUAAAAUAUCAAGACACUGCAGAUUUAUACUCCAUUUUAAUCAAGGAUCUUGUUGGAGAGCCAUGAUAUGGGCCUUUUAAAUAAUAGUUACCUCCCUGAGUAAAACUAAUGCAGCUUGAAUAUGGCUCAUGACGAUGAUCUCUGUAUUUCCACAUGGAGCUAACAGCAGAUGUGUGGAAGCCUGAAAAGGUCCGUGCAGGAGUUUAGGAUAUGCUCCAAACUUGUUUGAAAGUUCACUAGUGCCUUCCAGUUUCCCCAUGAGAUAGUUAUUCCAAUGUCAUGGAUGGUCUCAGAAGCUCUCUUUGCAGUCAGCAUGACACUCUGUGUGUGUCUGUACGUGUGUCUUGGUGUAUGUGAGUACAUUAAGCUCAUUCCAGUCGAACGGCAACACAACCAUGGCCCACGUAGAGCAAGAAUCACACAAAGCAUGCUUUUGUUUCUCUUAUUUUACAUAAAAAAGCGAUGCAAGUCAUGUUAAAAGAUCCACAGACAUGUCUGAGAGAUGUGGUCCGCACUAUCAACAUUCAUACAGCUGUCUUGAUUUAAACGGUCAGUGUACAGAAAUAUUAUAACUGGCAUUUGCUGUGCACAUAAUACCUUUUCCAAAUACCACGCAACAUCAAUAUCAAGUUAUUUCUAUGGUGGUUUGCUGAAUAUUUCACUUGUGUGCCCCCCCCACUGUUCAAAUGUGUAUGAAAAUGUUUAUGUUUCUUCGGUAUAUUUCAGCUAUGCGCAUUAAUUCAUUCUGACUUCACACGCGCCGUGUGCAAAUAUACUUACGUCCAGAGUGAUUUUGUUGAAACGCUGUUUGAUAAAAGCAUAUUAAUGUAUUUCAAAUAAAAUAUGAUAC